UCAAAUAGUUGUCAUAGCAACAAAUAAUACUAUUGUAGAACACCAAAAUAUAUAUUUUUAUAUUAUCUGAUAUAGGGAAUUUGGAUAUUCCGUAUAUCAAUAUUGUGAUCUAAUUUCGUUUUGUAUCAUGGAUUGAUUGAAGAACUAUCAUGCCAUUCCAAGAAGCACCUUCUGUAGAAUUAGGAAGCGCUCCUAGAACGCCAAGUAUUAUUGCAUCUCCAUCACCAUCAGAAAUAUCCUCUGCUAGCUCUCCGGAACCUCAGAAUGUUCGGGCUACUCCGUUGUUUAGGGCUUUAACCAUACCACCACCUGAACCAGAGCAGCCACUUGGUCAAGAGGAGCUGGAGCGUCGUCUGCCGGGCUACCGGCGUAUUGUUAUACCGCGGGAGUUGACGCUAAUAGAACUGCUUAAACAGUGCAGUGGAGCAGCAACAGACGAAGAAGUGCUGAGAAUUAGAGAGGCGAAACUGCGGGUAGUUGCAGAACGUAUCGGUCUACGCAGGCUCCAUGUGUUAGCGCCUCGAUUGCGGUCGCUCACUCUGGAUGGUAGUGCUAUUUCUUCAUUGAGGGACCUUGGGAUCGGAUUAGUACAUUUAAAGAUUCUUAGUGUAAAUCGUUGCGGACUGACCUCCCUCGACGGUAUAUUGGGACUUGGAUAUUUACGUGAACUAUAUGCGGCUGGAAAUCGUCUUCAUGAUUUGUAUCCUCUAGCAGCAUUGCAAAAGCUUCACACGUUGAACAUUUCAGAUAACCCAAUAGAGGAGUCGAGUAGAUUGUGGACCCUUGGAGUUUGCGGUUCCCUGCGUCGCCUCACCCUAACAGGCACGCCGCUGGCAGAUGAGCCCAAUUACCACUCCGAAGUUAUAUCUGCCUUACCAUUGUUGACGCACUUGGACGACAUCCCACUGCAUGAGACCAGUGAAAAUAACGAGGAAUCUUUAGGAAAGCUAUCAGAGUCGGAAGCUGAAAGCGAUGUUGACGAUGUAAAAAUACUGUCUAAAGAGAAAACCACGUGGGUCGACGAACCAGAACCCGGGCCAUCAAAGGAGUUGCUGGAAGUGAAGGAAGUAGUUCGAGAGACAUUUUCCCGGAGACGACCAGCGACUACAGAAGGCGCCGGGUCUAGGCAUCGAGUUGAACUUCCACCCCGACCGCGCACCGCUUUAGAACGUUCCAGUAACAUACCGACGCGCCUGCAUUUCAUGAAUACACUGAUGGAUGAAGAGUGGAAUAGCGGCGGCAGCAAACUGACGUCAAGCGGACCUGUUUGUGGUAAUUUAGCUAGAGCUCUGCGCAGGAAUAAGAAUAGUCGAUGCAGCUUAGAAAGCGAAGUGGAAGAACUCGGAGAGACAAUUUCAGGAGCUUGCCACACGGUUGCAACCGAGAUACCAAUUUAUAACAAUCAAGAAGUGUGGGAUAAGUUUAAACUUGAAACAGGAAUCGAUAUCGAUAUUGAUUUCCAACAACGACCAAAGGGCGCCGAUCCCAAUAAGGCAAUAGAACGAUUGGAACAAAUCGAGAAAGAAACAAUGGAACGUCUAGCCAAUGAUAAUACUGACACCAAUUUCACGCGUAACUUAUACAAUACAGCAGUGAACCCCGCAAGGAUUCUGACCAAUGAAGAUCUCACUGAAGUUGAAAUAUGGAGGGAUAUUGAAUCGGUUGAUGUGCCUAAUUUGCACAUAGACAUCGACGAGGACUUUUUUGAUCCUCGAUCGGUAAGGCCCGGAGAUAUUUGCACUAUUAUACAAUAAUUUUGAAUUUUAUGUGAUAUAAAUAACAGGCUUAUUAAUAGGCCCGUGAACCCGUGAAGUCCAUUUAGAAAUAUAGUUCUAAUGCCUUUAUUGCUAUGUAAUUCCAAUAUUCAUUUCUAUGUAUGUAUGUUAGGUAGAUUUUGGAUGGUUUUCGAAAAUGCAUAUUAGUGUUAUGAAGUGAAGAGUUUUGUUGGGCUAUGAAGUCGACUCUAUUAUAUUUUAAUUGUUUACCUACGAAGUAGUUCUUUUGAGAGGAGGUUUUCAAACUUCGUAAAUAAAUAAUUAGAAAAUUAUGGUUCG